CCGGUUUGGAACGGCAAGGACGCGCCCGUCAACGGCGUGCGUCCCCUCCGACGGCCUGCAUCGACCGGGAAACGGUCCUGAAGAUCAACCGUCGGCCCCUGCAACGCCGGCACCGAUCGUGUGACAACUUUUGGCCACCGAAAGCCACCGAGCGGGAGACGGAAACGGUUAACCAUUCGCCACAGGGAAGGACGCUCGCUUCCAAAGCCAAGUCCAACGAGUCCGACGAGUUUGCCAUCGGAAACCGUCGGUACGGGAGCCAGGACAGUGUGUACUUCGACCAGCGUGUGCGGCGACAGCAUAAAAUCGACCCACUUCGGACGCUGUUCGAUAAGGAAAAUGUCCUGCUCACGGACUGGGGUCACCGACCAGCGGUUGCGACCAGCGCGAAGCCUGUCCCUGCGAAGCACCCUCCGGAGCCUCCGGUUCCACCACCGAGACGGUACUACCUGCCGCUGGUGGAUAAGCUGAUUGGCCAGGAGCUGGACGCGAUCGUAGGUCUGCUGCGGAGAAGCCCCGUGGUGGUGUCGGAGCUGGAGUGCCGCGGGUUAUCGCCCAGAACGACGUUGCUGGUUCUGGAGCGAAGAAGCGUGACACCAGCGAUGCCGGAGCGAAGUAAAUCUGUCCAGGGCCGGGCGUCUCCGUUGUUGCGGGAGCGUCCUGAAUCAGCGCCAUCUGGCGCCCUCCGACAAGACGGUCUCGAUGGUAAGCCACCGCUCAAGCUGAAACCACCCGGACGUCCUGUCUCUCGACCUGCUGCGGGAGGUGUUGGCGGCGGCGGUGGUUCCGUUGUCGGCGUCUCGGUCACACUCCAACGCUACCCGACGGUGGCCGACGUCAGCGAUUGCACGGACCGAAUGUACCGGACCGGUGAGGACUCCGGGCACUCCUUGGCCUACGACCAUCACGACGACGACGUCGAGCACGGCGGAUUCAAUAUAAAUUCAAAUAUGGUUCUGAAUUUCAAUAUCGACGUGCGGAGUGACCCGUCACUGGCCGAGCCGCCAGAUGGCGCCACCGGUUUGACAGAGCCGUUCGGUCAGCUGACCACUAAUUACAUCGACAAACAGUCGGGACCGCCAGCAGCAAGGUUUCCGCUCGCCGACCGACCCGCCCCCGAUCGGUGGUGCUUUCCCACCCACCCCCACCAGGACAAACUGGACGGCGGUGGUCGCGACGAUCGGCUGGCCGCGGAAAGCCCCGGCACAGUGGACGCCAUUUGUAAUUACAAUGAAAAACUAAUUACAGACAGCGGCGUGACGGCGGCGUUGACGGAUGGGCCGCCGGAUCCGGAUGGCGACCCGAGGCCGGAUUCCCGCGGCCCCCCGUCACACGGCCCGCCGCACGACCCGUCGGUGUUAAAUGCAUCAAAUCAGCCAAAUCGUAAUUGGAUUAAUUUAAAUUCAAAUCAAAUACAUCACCAGCAACGACCACCGUUGGCCGUGACGGGUGCUCCGGCGGCUCGGUCAGCCAGCUGUCAACGGGUGUCCGUGACCGAGAUGCCGCCCGUCCACGCCAAUCACACCGCCUCGCGCUGCGACCCCUCGCCCACCCGAUCUCCGGUCGAUCCGCUGGCGACAGACUUCUUCACCGCAGGAACCAGCAACCCGCCGGGUGGUGGUGGGGCCGGGCCACAUGUUGCGCCCCUACCGGAUUGCUACUCCCCGCGCCCGGUCCCGUGCACCCCGCCAGGAUCCGGCCCAACGGAGCGGUCCGACUAUAAUUAUGAUAAUAAAAGCGUUCGCAGUCAUUAUCGGAUGGGCGCAUCGGGCCCGACGCCCUCACCACCGCCGCCACCACCACCACCACCGGCACUGGCACAGGAUGCACUGGCUCGGUGGCGUUAUGUGACACCAUCGCCCCCGCUCCCGUCACCACCGGUCUCACCACCGGUCUCACCACCUGGGGAAUUUUCGGUCGAAGCGCGCGUCUGGCGUCCACCACGAACACGCUCCGGAAGUUCCGGGUCGAGCGUAAAAAUUAAUGAGAUUUUCGAAUUUCCCCCACCACCACCGUUCCCCUGUGACUGCGGGCCGGAUGCGGUGGACUGGCGGCGGAACGGUGGGACGGUGGGUUACGGCGCCGGCGAGUGCGCGCGGGCUGCGCACACCGGAAAGGAUUACGCUACAAGUG